AUGGUUCAUCCAGAAAUCCACCUCACGACCCGUGAGAAGGUCCAGUUCCUCUGGCUCAUCCCGUUGAUCCUCUGCAAAACCGUCCUCACCGUCAUCUCGACCGUGCUCGCCGAGCCCCGCGCCGCCCUCAAACACCCCGUCCGCACCAUCGGCGUCAACCUCCUCCGCCACGCCGUCCUCACCCUCAGCUUCCGCCAAAAGCUCGCCGCCGACGUCGCCUCCACCGGCGACGCCGUCCGCGCCUUCUGCGCCGCCCGCAACCUCGCCCACUCCGCCGUCGCCGUCCCCGUCGACGCCGGCGGCCAUCUGCAUCCCGCCGCCGCCGCCGCAGCGCCGCGCCGCCGCCUCCACGACAGGGCCUCGACCUUCCAUGCCGCCCAAAUCCCGGACGCGACUCUGCACCUCAUCACCAUCCCUUCCGCCUCCUCCGCCUCCUCCGCCUCCUCCGCCUCCGCCUCCUCACCCCCAUCACCCCCACCACCACCCGGCCACGGCCGCGGCCGCACCAUCCUCUACCUCCACGGCGGCGGCUUCGCGCACCCCACCAACGCGCGGGGCCAACUCCCCUUCGCCGCACGCUGCGCCGAGGCCUUGUGUUCUUCUUCUUCCUCCUCUUCUCCUUCGUCGUCGUCGUCGUCGUCCUCAUCCCCGCCCGCCCCCGUCACCCUCGCCGUCCUCGAAUACCACCUCGCCCCCGCCCACGCCCAGCCCACACAGCUCGCGCAGUCGCUCGCUGCGUUGCGCACGCUGGUGGCGAUGAUGAUGGCUGUUGAUGGUGACGGCGGCGGUGGCAGUGGCGGGGAUGCUGCCGCCGCUGCCGAGCGCAUCGUUCUGCUUGGGGACUCGGCGGGGGGGAAUCUGGUGAUGGGGGUUGUGGCGGCGUUGAGGGAGGCUUCUUCUGCUUCUGCUUCUGCUUCUGCUGCUUCUGCUGGUGGUGGUGCUGCUGGUGGGGGCACGGCGAGCUGGGGCGGCGGCGGCGCGGCGGCGGAUGAGCUGCGGGCGGAGUGGUGGGGGGAUAUGCGGGGUAGUACUGGUAGUGGUGGUGGGAGGCUUGCGGCGGCGGUGGCGGUGUGUCCGUGGGUGGGGUUGGGGCCGUACGAGGGGGAGUCGUACGAGAGGAACGCGAGGUGGGAUUUUUUGAGCAAGGCCGAGUUGGAGGAGUUUGAGGAGGCGGCCGGGAUGCGGCGGGGGGUGGGGUGGGGGGAUAUGCUGGGCGCGGCGAGGGCGGCGAAGGCGGCGAGGGAGGAGGGGGAGUGUGAGGGGGAGGAGGAGGAUGUCGAGGAGACGGGGGGUUGGGGAGAGGAGUUUUGGAGUGGGGUGGUGAGGGGGGAGGGGAGGGUCGUGGAGAGGAUGUUGGUGACUGUCGGGACGAGGGAGGUUUUGUAUGAUGAUGUUGUGGAGUUUGUGGGGUUGAUGGGGACGGGAACGGUGGAAGGCGGCGGCGGCGAUGAUGGGAAGGUCGUGUUUGUGAAGGGCCCGAGGGAGGUCCAUGUUGGGCCUGUCGUGGACGUUGCCAUGGGGGUUGAGGAUGCGGAAGGGUCGCUGCAGGCCAUAUUGGAGUUUUUCAAGGGGUUGUAG